AUGAAACUCAAAAGCUCAUGAUCAUGAAACCCUUACACCUCCUAUUAUUGAUCAUUUGGGUUACUAUUACUUUGGGAAAUUUUAGAAAUGAAAAUCCUAGAAAAGUAAUAAAAAUUAUUAAACACGUUGGUUCUUCGUCUUCUUAUUCUUCGAGUUCUUCUGAAGAACGAAGUAAACGUAGGCAUAAAAAUUCACGCCUCACUCACAGUUCACGUUCACGCCCAACUCGUACCUGUCCGAGAGAUUGGAUCACUUUUGAGAGGCCUCAAGGCAGAUGGUGUAUGAAGGCGUUCUACGGAAACAUGUUCCAACCAGAGGCCGAGGCAAAGUGCAACGCAGUCGGAGCAAGACUCUCAGGGCUUCAGAAUGCCAAUGAAAGGAUGACUAUUUCUUAUGUCCUCCGUGGUUUGAUAUACCAGCACGGUGGUGGAAGGUACACAGCAUGGCUCGGCGGAAAAAGAAGAGCUCGCUGCCCAACCGGUACCUCAUGUGCCCGACUGGACAGUAUCGAGUGGACAGAUGGGCAUACGACGGGUACUGCUGGAUUCUCAACUGGCCCUCGGGAACUCGACGGUUAUUAUUUACCACAAUACGGAGGAGUUCAACAAUGUUUGCAUAUGAUUGUCACUCCAUAUUCGAAUACCGAGCUAGGAUUCGCAGACUUUGUUCAUGAAUCAGUGGAUGAUGAGUUUUGUCAAGCAACAUGGGUUAAAGCAUACGUCUGUGGAAAGUUGCCGAGCUAACUUAAAUUAUGUUUUUCUAAAUUAAAGUUUUCCACUGUUAUUGUUUAAAUGGUUAAUAAUAAGUAAAAUUUAGGCGCCAUUGACCGAAAA